UGAAUAUUCUCAAUUGGGACAUUAGCAAUCCAUGAAUUUUACGAAAGUUUGUACAACAAACAACCAGUGGCUGAGACGAGCGAGGUACUUCUGGCUAGCUAGAAGAAGCUUUAGUCAGACAGCUUGCACUCGUUCUUUGGAACAGUCCAAAAGCCAAAACUCUUCAGUUUCCAGUUCCAUAAAAGAGGAACAGGACGACGAAGAUCCUCCUUUUGCUUUUCUUUCUAGGAGAACUUUGCGUUUGUUAAAAAUAAUUGUCACCACCGGGGCUGGCAUAGCCUGUGUUUUUGCGGAUUACAGUGAAAUUACUGAAGAACAUAUCUUCUCUGGGAUACAAAGAAAAGCGAAAGGACUAUGGAGAGAAAUGUGGUCAAUCGAUAGUCAAAAGAGGUUAGAGCUGGAAAAGAAACGGAGAAGAGACCAAGACUCGUCCCCUGCUGCUGAGGAAGCAUCAGCUGAAACUGCACCAGAAUGUUGAGUUUUAACUUGUUACUCAUCGCUUUCAUAAGGAAAGCGCGUUUUAAAUAAGAGACCUUUCUCACGAGUAAUACUCCAGAUGUCCUUAGCUUCUCGUAUACACAAACUGUCACUAAGAAACUUGAAAGACUUCAGUACGAGCUCCUUCGAGUAAGGGACGUGUGUUAACGCUCUAUAAAAGGUUUUCUUCAGAUCUUCGCUGGGAAUUCCACCAGAGUUUCGUUGAGCAUAGAGCAUUGUGAGGAAUUCUAUCCACAUAAUAGAAGAACAAGCAAGACCUGUUUCAUAUAGGCUUCUUGUCAGUAGACUAUUAACUCUUCUCCAAGUGGAUAGAUUCCCGUCUUUCAAAGGGAGUUUCCCUUGUUCACUUAAAGAAAUACCCUCAGCAACAA